AUGGCGCUCAAGUCUACCAAGGGACACUCGACACCAGCCGGAGGAGACGAGAGCUUGCUGCUGGCAAAUAACGUACCUACAUCCGCCCCGGCCUCGAAUGCCGCCUCGUCCAACCGCAAGUCAUACCACACCACGCUCUCCAAUACUCUUGCCAGCCUGGAUAUGAACGCGGAGACUAAGUACGACUUGAGGGACGAGGAUCUGAAGGAGCUGCAGGAGCUCGGACAGGGGAACGGAGGCAGCGUGAAGAAGGUGGAGCAUGUGCCAACACACACUACCAUGGCUAAGAAGAUCGUCCUCAUAGAUGCCAAGCCCUCAGUCCGCAAACAAAUCCUCCGCGAGCUCCAGAUUAUGCAUGACUGUCAUUCCGAAUACAUCAUCUCUUUCUAUGGCGCCUUCCUUUCAGACCCAAAUAUCUGCAUAUGCAUGGAAUUCUCGGACAAGGGCUCCUUAGACGGCAUCUACAAACGAAUAGGACCCAUCGAUGUCGAGGUCGUCGCUAAAGUCGCCCUCGCUGUCCUUGAAGGUCUUACCUAUCUGUACGAUGUCCAUCGCAUCAUUCAUCGCGGCAUGUCUCCCACUCUUCUUGCCGACAUCAAGCCCUCAAAUAUCCUGUUCAAUUCCAAGGGACAAAUCAAGAUCUGUGACUUUGGCGUCUCUGGCGAGCUCAUCAACUCUAUCGCCGACACCUUCGUCGGCACAUCUACCUACAUGAGCCCCGAGCGUAUUCAGGGCGCGCAAUAUACCGUCAAAUCAGAUGUCUGGUCCCUCGGCAUCUCUCUCAUUGAACUCGCUCUCGGCCGCUUUCCCUUCUCCGAUUCCGUGUCAGACGACGACUCUGACCUCUCCGACUUCGAGGGCACCCUUUCGCCAUCUAGGCCCCAUCCCCUCGGCCUCCCGCCUCCAAAAUCUAAGGCGUCGAAGAAGGACAAGGAGAAGGAGGCGAAGAAAAACAAGCGGAAGAGUAAGGGUCAUAUUGUGAACGAACCGGCCCCGAGGUUGACUCCAGAGGGGAGGUUCCCAAAGAUGGCAGAGCACUUUGUGGAUGGGUGUUUGUUGAAGGAUCCGGAACUAAGACAGACACCGAAAGAUCUUCUGAAACACGAAUGGAUAGAAAGCGCCAAGUCAUCGACAUUUGAUCUGGAGGCCUGGGCCAGCACUUUUUGA